ACCUUCCCCGUUUCUGCACCAAAGUACAUAGUUGAGGGCUGAGCAGCUGAGUCCUACUAGAAAUGGCUGCCACAGGAGUUCUUCCCUUCAUAAGGGGGGUAGACCUAAGUGGAAAUGACUUCAAAGGUGGCUACUUCCCGGAGCAUGUCAAGUGUAUGAGCAGUCUGAGAUGGCUGAAACUGAACAGGACAGGACUGUGCUACCUCCCAGAGGAGCUGGCCUCUCUGCAGAAGCUGGAGCAUCUUUCAGUGAGUCACAACAGUCUGACCACCUUACAUGGAGAACUGUCCAGCUUACCGAACCUACGGGCAGUGGUAGCCAGAGCCAACAGCCUGAAAAACUCUGGAGUCCCAGAUGACAUCUUUCAGCUUGAUGACCUCUCUGUACUGGACCUGAGCUACAAUCAGUUGACAGAGAUCCCCAGGGACCUGGAGAACAGCAGGAACAUGCUGGUGCUGAAUCUGAGCCACAACAGCAUCGACGCCAUCCCCAACCAGCUGUUCAUCAACCUGACAGACCUGCUGUAUCUGGACCUGAGCGACAACAAGCUGGACAGCCUGCCACCCCAGAUGAGACGCCUGGUGCACCUGCAGACUCUCAUAUUGAACAACAACCCGCUGAUGCAUGCCCAGCUGCGUCAACUGCCAGCCAUGGUGGCAUUACAGACUCUCCACCUAAGGAACACCCAGAGGACCCAGAGCAACAUGCCCACGAGCCUGGAGGGACUCACACAUUUAGCAGAUGUUGACCUGUCAUGUAACGACCUGACUCGAGUGCCAGAGUGCCUCUAUUCACUGGGCAGUUUGAAGAGACUCAACCUGAGCAGUAAUCAGAUCUCUGAACUCUCCCUGUGCAUUGACCAGUGGACCCAGCUGGAGACGCUUAACCUGAGCCGCAACCAGCUCACUUCCCUGCCGUCUGCCAUCUGUAAGCUGUCCAAGCUAAAGAAGCUGUAUAUAAACUCUAACAAACUGGACUUUGACGGAGUUCCACCAGGCGUGGGCAAACUGUCCAGCCUCACUGAGUUCAUGGCCGCUAACAACAACCUGGAACUCAUCCCUGAGGGUCUCUGCAGGUGUGUUAAGCUGAAGAAGCUGGUGCUGAAUAAAAACCGUCUGGUGACACUGCCUGAGGCCAUCCACUUCUUGACAGACUUGGAGAUACUGGAUGUGCGUGAGAACCCCAACCUGGUGAUGCCUCCUAAACCGGUUGACAGAGGGGCAGAGUUGUACAACAUUGACUUCUCCCUGCAGAACCAGCUCCGGCUGGCUGGGGCCUCACCUGCUGUUGUAGCUGCAGCUGGAGGAGGAGCCAGCCCUCGAGAUCACCUGGCGAGGAAGAUGAGGCUAAGGAGGAGGAAGGACUCUUCUCAGGAUGAUCAGGCAAAGCAGGUGCUGAAGGGCAUGAGUGAUGUCGCACAGGAGAAGAAGAACAUGGAGGAGAACGGGGACUUGAAAUAUGGUGAUUUAAAGAUCCGACGUUGGGACAAGAGUCUAGAGAAGCCUCAGCUGGACUACUCGGAGUUCUUUUUAGAGGAUGUGGGGCAGGUUCCAGGUGUAACUGUGUGGCAGAUAGAGAACUUCAUUCCCGUACAAGUGGACGAAGCUUUCCACGGCAAGUUCUAUGAGGCCGACUGCUACAUCAUCCUCAAGACCUUCCUGGAUGAUAAUGGAGCGUUAGCCUGGGAGAUCUACUACUGGAUCGGCCAGCAAGCCACGCUGGACAAGAAGGCGGGCUCCGCCAUUCACGCCGUCAACCUGAGGAAUUUCCUUGGAGCAGAGGGCAGGACGAUAAGGGAAGAGAUGGGAGACGAGAGUGAGGAGUUCAGCGCUGUGUUUAACAAUGAGAUCUCCUACAUCGAGGGAGGAACAGCCAGCGGGUUUUACACUGUGGAGGACACACACUAUCCUCACAGGUUGUACAGAGUUUAUGGAAAGAAAAACAUCCGGCUGGAGUCUGUACCUGUGAAGGCUUGCUCCCUCGACCCUCGCUACGUCUUCCUGUUGGACACAGGGCUGGAAAUCUUUGUCUGGAGAGGAGCCAGUGCUACACUCAGCAACACCACAAAGGCCAGGUUAUUUGCAGAAAAGAUAAAUAAGAAUGAGCGCAAGGGGAAGGCAGAGAUUAUCACCCUCAUGCACAACCAGGAGCCUCCUGGGUUCUGGGAGGUCCUUGGGGGACAGCCGGAGGAGAUCAAGAAGCACGUACCAGAUGACUUCUCCCCCGUCCGACCCAAACUCUACAAGGUGGGCUUGGGCCUGGGCUACCUGGAGCUGCCUCAGAUUAACUACAAGCUGUCAGUGGAGCACAAAGACCACAAGGUCAAACUGGACACCCUGCCAGAGCUGAGACUGGUGCAGUCCCUGCUCGACACAAAGUGUGUGUAUAUCCUGGAUUGCUGGUCUGAUGUGUUCAUCUGGAUCGGGAGGAAGUCUCCACGUCUCGUCCGAGCUGCAGCCUUAAAACUGGGUCAGGAGAUCUGCUCCAUGCUGCACCGGCCCAAACAUGCCUGUGUCACCCGCAACCUGGAGGGCGCCGAGUGUCAGGUGUUUAAGUCCAGGUUUAAAAACUGGGAUGACGUGUUGAAGGUCGACUACACCAGAGCAGCUGAGACUGUACAACAGAAGGACAAUCUGCAGGGCAAGGUGAAGAAGGAUACAGAGCAGAAAGACCAGAUGAAAGCUGACCUUACAGCUCUGUUCCUCCCCAGGCAGCCAGCCAUGCCUCUCACUGAGGCUGAACAACUGAUGGAUGAGUGGAACGAGGACCUGGAUGGAAUGGAGGGAUUUGUGUUGGAAGGGAAGAAGUUUGCUCGCCUGCCAGAGGAAGACUUUGGGCACUUCUACACACAGGACUGCUACGUUUUUCUCUGCAGAUACUGGGUGCCAGUGGAGUACGAGGAGGAGGAGAAGGAAAAGGAGGGUGAAGGCGGUAGAGAGGAGGAGGAGAAACAGCCAGAGGAGGACUUCCAGUGUGUGGUGUACUUCUGGCAGGGCAGAGAGGCCUCCAACAUGGGCUGGCUCACCUUCACCUUCUCUCUGCAGAAGAAGUUUGAAAGUCUUUUUCCUGGAAAACUGAAGGUGGUGCGCAUGACCCAGCAGCAGGAGAACCUCAAGUUCCUGUCCCAUUUCAAGAGGAAGUUCAUCAUCCACAAAGGAAAAAGGAAACAGAAGAUGGACUCUGCCCAGCCCUCCCUCUACCACAUCCGCACCAACGGCAGCGCACUUUGCACCAGGACCAUCCAGAUUGGUACAGAUUCAGGAAAUCUUAACUCAGAGUUCUGCUUCAUACUCAAGGUACCAUUUGAGAGCACUGACAACCAGGGCAUUGUUUACACCUGGGUGGGCAGAGCCGCUGACCCUGACGAAGCCAAACUGGCUGAAGACAUCAUGAACAGCAUGUUUGAUGACACAUACAGCAAACAGGUGAUUAAUGAAGGGGAGGAGCCAGAGAACUUCUUCUGGGUGGGGAUUGGCUCUCAGAAGGCGUAUGAUGAAGAUGCAGACUAUAUGAAACAUGCUCGGCUCUUCAGGUGUUCAAAUGAGAAGGGUUAUUUCUCUGUGUCAGAGAAGUGCUCAGACUUCUGUCAGGACGACUUGGCUGAUGAUGACAUCAUGCUGCUGGACAACGGCAAAGAGGUGUACAUGUGGGUCGGCACUCAGACCAGCCAGGUGGAGAUCAAACUGAGUCUCAAAGGCUGCCAGGUUUACAUCCAGCACAUGCGCGCUAAGGACGCGGAACACCCGAGGAAACUGCGACUGGUGCGGAAGGGAAACGAGUCCCACUGCUUCACACGCUGCUUCCACGCCUGGGGAGCUUUCAAAACUCCCCCCUCAUAGACAGAUGCUCUGAAUCAUGCAUAUCGAUUUGCUGCCAUGUAGUUUUCUACCAGCGAGAUGAUGUCUGUACCUAAGCCAGCUUUACCUGAGCUCCGACGCCCCUCCAUCCUGCUCAGCACCGCUGUCCGACAGCCUCUUGGCCAACAGGUCAGUCUUCUCCCAGAAACCUGAAAAACAGAGUUUAAGUUUAGCACAACAUCCUACUCUGUGAAAUGUCUCCUGGGCACGAGAAGAGGCUACUGUCUUGGUUUCCUGUCUGUGGGGAAAACAGCUCAAUAUUUUUUCUACAAGCUUUUUUUUCUUUUAGCAGUGAGUCUAAAUGCUGUUGUUGAAUGAAAGAAGAGAAUUAUGUUUUGAGGUGAAGUAUUUAUGAGGUGUGCAGAGGCUUUAUGAAAACCCAAAGGGAGCUCAGGCCCUAACAUAUCAAUCCAUUUUGCUGCUUUCACGUGGCUCGUGCGGCAUGGUAGUCUUCACGUUUCUGGGCUUAGUGCCUGUCUGCGCAGCUCAUUAGAAGCAGUUUAAGGCAGAUGAGCGCUAUUAGUUUUGUCGUUGUCAUCGAGGGACUGUAAAAAAAAAAAA